UAUAACUCCACCACCAUUUUUCGCGUUCUGCAACUCUCUUAUUUGGCAGUCCGCCUAAGACCACGAAGGCCUUGCUGAGGCCUCAAGGUUCUGUUAUGCUCCGGAGGACGACACUGGGGUGUCGGUCGUGGCGAUUACCGCAACAUCAACAGCAACAUGGACGGGUUCUGGCGGCAGGAUUUCCGAAUGUUCGACUGCUGAGUGCUCAGCCUGGGUCUGAGGCAGGAGGAAAGAGGUCCGCAGGGUUCGACGGUGCAUCUGGAUCCAAAGGGUCAGGUUACACUGGACCCGCUCCCCGAGGUGGACAUGGCUCGACAUCGAAUUCGUAUUCAACACCACCUGGAGGAAAUGGCAGGUCAAGGCUACACAAGUAUUCGAAGAGGCUGGUUUAUACCGGUUUGGGACUGGCGUCUCUGUAUGCUUGGGACCAUUACUCGAACGCUUCUGCCAUCUUCCGGAAUGUGAGGACGUUAUGGACGUGCCUAGCGAUUACCCUGGACUACAAAAUCAAUUUUACCCCCGAGAAAUCUGACCAGAUCCCUCAGUUGCAUGAACGCGUUGCUGAGCGGGUGUACAACCUCUUGACCUCCAACGGCGGUCUGUACAUCAAGAUUGGCCAAGCCAUUGGAGCGAACGCUGCUGUACUUCCCAAACCCAUGCAAAUCAAGUUUGCAAGUCUAUUCGACGAUGCGCCGCAGGUUCCGUAUAAAGUCGUGGAGGAAGUAAUUAUCAACGAGCUGGGGAAGAAGCCGAGUGGGAGGACAAGAGAGGAGGGCGCGUUUGAGGUGUUCGAUGAGAAGGCCGUCGCGAGUGCGAGUGUUGCGCAGGUUCACAAGGCGAAGACGUGGCCGAGGCGGGUGGUCAAGGAGGUGAAUGGAAAGAUGAUGGAGGUUGAGGAGGAAGGCGAGUGGGUUGCGGUUAAGAUUCAGAAACCAAGUGUCGCGAAGCAGAUGGAGUGGGAUCUUGCGGCAUAUCGAUUUGUGAUGUGGAUGUUUGAGAAUUGGGCGUUUGACUUACCGGUUUAUUUCGUCGUCGACUUCAUUUCGGACCACCUUAGACAAGAGCUGGACUUCGUCAGGGAGGCGAAUAAUGCUCUCCAGACCGCGCAGUUUGUGGAAAAGGAACCCAGUUUGAGGGACAGGGUGCAUAUCCCGAAGGUGUUUCCAGAGUAUUCGAGCAAGAGGGUGUUGACGGCCGAGUGGAUUGACGGUGUACGAUUGAGCGACAAGGCUGGGAUCUAUAGGCUCAUGGGCGAACACGAACCCGAGUACAAUCCAAUCGCACCACCCGAAAUCGACCCGCUAUCGGCUACAGCGUUGGUCUCCACUGGACCUGCGACGACAUCUCCGACUACGACGACGACUACCGCCUUCCAAUAUCCAGCGAAGCCACUGAAAGGAGGGCUCUCAAGUGUGAUGAAGACCAUGGUGGAGCUCUUUUCGGCGCAGAUGUUUUCGUGGGGUUGGGUCCACUGCGAUCCUCACCCUGGCAAUGUUAUCGUUCGACCGUCACCGGCCGAUCCAACCAAGGCGCAGUUGGUGUUGAUCGACCAUGGCUUGUACGUCCGUGUCCCGGAGGAUUUCAAGCGCCAAUGGGUACAUCUAUGGCGGUCGAUGCUUUCGGGUGAUUAUCAAGGUGUGAAGAAGGCGGCCGAGUCGUGGGGGAUGGGGUUCCCUGAGUUUUUGGCGAGCUUUACGUUGAUGAAGCCUGUUUCGCUGAAACGAGGUAGGCGGAGGAAGACACCCGAGGAAGAGAUGGAAGAGGAGAGGAAGCGGGAGGAGAGGAGGAAGAUGUCUCAAUAUGAAUUGAGCGUGUUGAUGAAGCAAAAGCUGAAAGAGUUCUUGAUUGACACCGAUAGGAUGCCCAAGGUUUUGAUCUUUUUGAUCAGGAAUAUGAGGAUGGUGCAGGGUAAUAACCAAUCCUUCGGCUCACCUGUUAAUCGUAUCAAGAUCACGGCCGACUGGGCAUCGCGUUCGCAGUUUAAGAAUGCCAACCUUUCGGUCAGGGAGCGUAUCACUGAGUGGUGGCACCACCUCGUUUACCGUUUCAUCAUGUUCACGAUCGACUUCGCCUUCUACAAGAACAAGUUUUUCUUGUGGCUCAACCAGGUCAGGGACAGGUUACUGACGCGUGAUGGGGAGGCGCCGAAAAAGAGGAAAGAGGGCUUUGAGGAGGAGAUGGAGAGGAAUAUGAGAGAUUUUGCGAAGGAUAACUUGGGUCUAGACGUUCCUGCGAGCACUUUUGCUGGCUAG